CUAAUACCGAGCAACAACAUGAAAUUCCUUGAGCUAGAACUUCAAGAAUGGAUUUAAGCAAAGUAUCUCAAAGUGCUGAAUGUGACUUAAUUCAGUUGCCAGCCCAUAGAGAACAAAGUGAGAAAGCUCAAGUUACUCUUGCAAUCCCAGGAUUGCCAGAAGAUGAGCAGAUGGACAAAACCAAUAAGAUCACCCACUCCAAACGAAAAAGAAGAUCUGAACCAGGAAAGGGAAAGACUAAGGACCUAAAUGUAAGUGGCACCUUAGAAAUAAAGGCUCGAUCGGACAAUGCAAUUGAAAGUGCUCUAGAUUGUGGGAAACAGCAAUGUAAUGAAGAUCCUCCAGCUAAAAGACAGAAAUGUGAGACUUUGCAGUCAGAAUCUCAAGAUGGUGGAAACUGUGCAGAAACUGGAAUUUCUGCUUUACCAGGGGAUAAAGAACAGCAACAAGAAGAGGUGACAUGUGUGGAGAGUGAUGAUGCACAGAUGGAAGGACAAACUGGAGAUGAUAUGAAUACGCCUAAGAGUAUUGUUGAAGAUGGGACAACUCACCUUUGCCCCACUUGUAAUUUCAUGGCUAAAACGAAGACUGCAUUAAAAAUUCACACAAAGCGACGUCAUUUCAGUGAAAAUGUCUUUAUUUGUGAUAAUUGCAACUAUACGAGCCACUCAAAGUAUGACUAUAGCAAGCAUAUUUCUUCAGUUCUUCAUAAAAGCCAAAUUAUAAGUGAAAGUAAAAUUGGAAGUACAAAAGAAGGGUUUAAUUGUAGGCUCUGUGGUCAUUUAACCCCUUCUCGUUAUGACUUGGAUAAGCACAUUAAAGAGAAUCAUUCAAGGCGCUCUAAAGCCCACAUUUGUCCUCAAUGCAAAUACAAGGCAGAAAGUGCGGCAUCCUUGCAUGCACAUCUCAAGCACAUCCAUGUGGAAGAAAGAAAGUAUAGUUGUGACCUCUGUGGCUACAAGUGUUUUGAUGAAAACCUGCUGAAAACCCACUGUCGUGGUAAAACUCACCUUCGUCGAAAAAAUCUUGCAGCUCGGGGAGGAUACAUACAUUUAUUAUCCCAAAAAAAGCCACCUUGUAAGUUAGAUGCAAAAGUGCACAAUUCAAAACGGAUGAGUAAUGAUAAACUGAGUUUGGGUGACAAACCUACAAAUUUGAGAAGAACAAGGAGCCAAAGCUCUGCCCAGUUUAUCAAGGAUGUGAAAAAUGCCAAAUUAUUGAAGAAAUCUAGGAAUACUGGUCGAUCAACGGCAAUUUCAACCAGCAAGAAGUUACUGGCAGUAAAGGAAGAUCCAAAAUGUAAUGAUCACAAUGUUGGAAGGCCAUCUACGAGAAGAGCUUUAAGAAGAGGAAAGAUACAAGGUGAUCUAUCCCAAGCCCCGGUCAGUGAUCCAAGAUCAAGGCAGCUGAAUAAGGUUAAUAUUGUCAGCCUAAGAGGGCGUGGCAUACCUCUUAAGUGCAGCUUACCUCUCAAGAACAAUUCUCAAAGUGUUUGUACAAGAAGUAAGGAUAGAUUUUCCAAGGAAGAACCAGGGAACCAAAGAGCUCAAAGAAACCUCAAAAUAAGAGGUAACUGGUUGACUGCAGAUACUGUUGGCCGAAGUAGAGGUGGCCUUUCUGACAGGAAGAAGCUCUUCCUCGAGUUCAGCGAGGUAGAAGCAGAGGCAGGCCUCCUAGAAGAAAGAAUACUGGUAAGAGACCAGCAUGAAGCUAAACCCGAGAGUCAAAGCCGUAAAAGUAUUGAUGAAAAACCAUCAACUUCAAAUGAUGCAAAUUUAGAGAAUGUAACUGUUUCUGAUAAACGUUGCCCAGAUGGAAAUCAAGAAGGGCAGUUAACACUCAUGUCAGAUGUUCCUCUUGUGUCACCAGUUGCUGAAAAUCCAACUGAAUUAACAUUGCAGGAUGGAAAUCUUGAAUCACUCUCGGAUGUCAAUUCGGUUGUUAUUAAAACAUCCAAUGUUGAAAACCCUGAAUCAAAACUAAGCCCUGCUGAUCGGAAAGCCCUCCGCACCUGCUCCUACUGUGGUCAUUUGUUUCAGAACAGAAAGGGCUUGGAGGUACAUAUCAAGAGACGUCACACAAAAGAAAUGGAGUUUCACUGCCAACCUUGUGGCUAUGCCUGUGUAACAAAAGGUGACUUUGAAAAACACUGUCAAAGUAACAGACAUCAGAUUAAUUUCUCCAGGAUUAACUGUCGAAUCUGUUCCUUUGUGACCUCAGAUGAAGAGAGUCUUAAGAAACACAUGAACCAGGAACACAAUAUGGCUUUUUACUGUCUAUCAUGUAAACUGUACUUUGUUUCAGAGGAAGAUUUAGUGAACCAUGAAGGCACUGAGCAGCAUACAAGCCUCAUACUAUCACAGAGAACAGAUGCUGUAGUUCAGCAAGCUGACAAACCACUGCUAGGACCAGAACUUAAUAAAGUCCCUUCAUCAGAUGGAAAGCAAGAAGAACCUACUGAAGCAAAAGAAAGCUCUUUAUUAAAAGAUCCUCAGAGACUUUCUAUAGCAAGAGUAGUUGCGGGAAAUAUAUUAAGGCGUUCAGCACACAGUAGACCACAAUUUCAGUGCAAGAACUGCUUUUAUAAAGCUAGAUCAUCCACAGUUCUUAUGAGACAUAUAAAACUUAGACAUGCACAAGAAUAUCACUUUCUUUGUAAAGUCUGUAGUCUCUACACUAUUACCAAGGAAGCCAUGGAAAAGCAUAUUAAACGAAGCAGGCAUAUUGAAAAUGCUAAGAAGAAAAACCUUGGGCCAUCAGUGGAGGAGUGUGUUGAGGAAGUAUCUGUAGGUGUUCGGGAUGUUAAGAAUAGUAUGGAAACUCCUGGGGCUUCAGAAAACGUCAGUACUGAAAUAGACAAAGGCUGUGUUCAAGUACUGAAGCCAUCGAAAUCCAAAGAAGAAUUUGUUGUAACGUGGGAAAUAUCGGAAGGUGACUCAAACAACUCAGACGAUCUUCAAAAAGAUAGUGAUGCUCAGUCGUCAGAUAAUGUUAAGAGAGGCCGCCCCAAAGGGAAUAUUUCUAGAACAUGUUCUUAUUGUGGGUUACUGGCUUCCAGUAUUACAAAUCUGAACAUUCAUAUAAGGCGGAAGCAUAGCCAUCAAUACAGUUACUUUUGUAAGGCAUGCAACUACUACACUGUAACCAAAGGAGAUAUGGAUCGUCACUGCAACACUAAGAAGCACAAAAGUCGAGCUGAUGUCACCAAGGCUGCUGAAGUGUGCAGGAAAUCUGCUGUAGCUACUGAUAAAGGAAAUUCAGAUGUAGUUGAGACUAGCAAUGUUCCUUCUUCUUCGGCUGAAUGUGUUGAUGACAGCACCAAGGUUUUGGAACCAGAGUCUUCUGAUGUUAAGAAACUGACUGAGAACAACGAUAAUUGCACUGAAGUAAAUUUAGUUAGUGUCAUUUCAGCAAAGGAACAGCAGAAAAUGGAAAAUCCAAAAGAUAUGGUAGAUGUUGGUACAGACCACGAUACCCCAGCACAAGAUGACAGUUCAUCACAAUCUAAGAAAUUCAAAGGAAACCAGGCAACUACCUGUGAGUACUGUGGGUUUGUUGCUUACUCCCUCGCUACUCUGGAGUUGCACGUCAAACGAAAGCACACUAAAGAUUUUGACUUCUACUGUAUGGCAUGUGAUUACUAUGCUGUCACUCGGCGUGAAAUGAUGAGACAUGCAUUCACUGAGAAACAUAAGCUUAAAAGUCAGUCCUACCUCAAACUAAAUCAGGAAAAGGAACAUUAUGAUGUAUGUGAGACGAGCGUAACUGUGACAGAUUUGUCACAGAAUACAAAUCCAAAACAAAGUAGUGAUGAAUUUCAAGACAAAGGGAGCUGGGAUCAGGAGGAGAUGGUUUCAGAAGUUACUCAAGAUGUACACGAAUUUCAUACAGAAGAAAAAAUAUCUGAAGGAGCCAGUGAUCCUCAAACACCAACAGUAGGCAGGAGAGAGAAUUCUUUACAAAAUGAAAUGACUAAAGAAGGUGAGACAAAUAUUGAGACUCGGUUAACAAUGCAGAAUUCAGAACAUUCCUCUGAAGUUGAGGUUGGACUACCAGAAGCUGACAGUGCACAUAUGCAAAUGUCUUUAAACUCAUUGAAUUCAGCUGAAGAGUUGAAUCCUGUAUCAGAGAAUCUUGUGACACCAGAAGCAGAAAAAUUAAAUUCUGAGGUUGAGGCACCUGCAGAGAAUGAUUCUGGUGGGUGUUGUGGAGAACUAUUGACGUCACAAAAAAACAGUGUUGAGAAUGAUCAAACGAUUAAUGCAGAUGCUGAAGAAUCCCAGACAGAGAAUAAUUUUCAACAAGGCUCCCAAGCAGCAGAGGAAAAGCACGAUGAGUCUGAACAAAAUGUUAUCCAACCAGAAGAGAUGGCAAAGGGAAGCAGCAUCGAGAUAGAUAGCACUUCAAGAGAGGUAGUCAAGGCAAAAGACGAUAGGCCAGAUGACAGUGAUACGGCAGAACAGAACCACGAAAUGCAAACAGAAUAUUCAGGAGUCUCAAAAGAGAGUAAUGCCGAACAAGUCCAAGAAAUAAUAGUGGAGAUUUCAACCCUCUCCAAAGGUGAUGGUGCUCAGCAAGAACAUCGGAAAACCACAAGCCUGGAGCCAUUGAAGAAGAGUUCCAGUCACUUGCAAGAUAACCCUGCACAACAUGGGGAUAGUAACGAUGAAGACAUCAUGGAGACAGCUGAAGCAAAGAUAUCUGAACCGAUUAAUAGUGAUCAGCAAACUGUUUUUGAAGACAAUCAGGCUCUUUUAGAUGAACAAAACAAAGCUGAAGCAGGAAACCAGGAAAUGGAAAGUAAUGCUUUGGAAGUUGCUGAGAGCAUGAGUGAUGGCCUUGCAAGGUCUGAAUUCCAGAGCAAGGGUUUGCAAAAAUAUUUUGAGUUUGAUGCCUCUAUCAUAAGAUUAAAGAACAGUUCGUGGAAUGAAAAAUCAGAUUGUACAGACAAUAGUGAAGAUAGCCAGGGAAAUGAGCCCAUCACAUCCAAUGAGUGGGCAGUUGCCGUGUACAAGACUGAUUCUUCACAGACCGUGAAAAAGAAGAGAAACGAAGGAGCUUUGUGUCAGGACUCAAAACGAAUACGCUGUGAGGAUUGUGGGUUCUUAGCUGACGGUGUAAGUGGGUUAAAUGUUCAUAUUGCCAUGAAGCAUCCUUCAGAGGAGAAGCAUUUUCACUGUUUGUUGUGCGGGAAGUCAUUUUACACCGAAAGUAACUUACAUCAGCACCUGGCUAGUAUAGGCCACCAAAGAAUGGAGCAAGAGAGCAUAGAAGAGUUACCAGAAGGUGGUGCCACCUUCAAGUGUGUGAAGUGCAACACACCCUUUGAUUCUGAACAGGACCUCUUUGUACAUAUCAAGCAGAAGCAUGAAGAAAUGCUGAGGGAAGUUAAUAAGUACAUUGUGGAAGAUACAGAGCAAAUCAACCGAGAGCGUCAAGAGAAUCAAGGCAAUGUCUGCAAGCACUGUGGGAAGAUCUGCAAGAGCAGCAAUUCACUGGCUUUUCUAGCUCACAUCCGCACACACACUGGAUCCAAACCAUUCAGAUGUACGCUCUGCAACUUUGCCACAGCACAGUUAGGAGAUGCCCGGAAUCAUGUCAAACGGCACCUGGGAGUGCGCGAAUACAAGUGCCACAUGUGUGGAUGGGCAUUUGUUAUGAAGAAACAUCUCAGUACCCAUUUGUUGGGCAAGCACGGCAUUGGUACUCCCAAGGAAAGGAAAUUUGUGUGCGAGAUUUGCGACCGAACUUUCACAGAGAAAUGGGCUUUGACCAACCACAAGAAGCUGCACAUGGGCCAGAAGCCCUUUAAGUGCACCUGGCCAACAUGUCACUAUUCUUUCCUCACAGCAUCUGCCAUGAGGGAUCACUUCAGGACUCAUACAGGAGAGAAGUCGUUCCUUUGUGACCUUUGUGGAUUUGCUGGUGGAACACGUCAUGCUCUUACCAAACAUAGACGACAGCACACAGGUGAAAAGCCAUUUAAAUGUGACCAGUGCAACUUUGCCUCCACAACACAGUCACAUUUGACCCGUCAUAAACGUGUGCACACUGGAGAAAAGCCUUAUAAGUGCCCCUGGUGUGAUUACAGGUCUAACUGUGCUGAGAACAUUCGCAAGCAUAUCCUACACACUGGCAAACAUGAGGGGGUGCGAAUGUACAACUGCCCCAAGUGUGAGUAUGGAACAAAUAUUCCAUUAGAAUUUCGGAACCAUCUCAAGGAGAUCCACCCGGAUAUUGAGAACCCAGAUCUGGCUUAUUUGCACGCAGGUAUAGUUUCCAAAGCAUAUGAAUGUCGGCUUAAAGGCCAAGGAGCACAGUUUGUGGAAACGACUGUUCCUUUCAUUACACCUCAAAGCCCCGAAGCCAAAAGUGAUGAUGCGGAUGACUGCGGGGAACAGGAAGAAUCGACCGAAUCCAUCAGUCAAGUAAUUAUUAUUCAAGGGUAUCAAGAUGGGUAUGGUGAUGGUAUUUCUUAUGAUGCAUCUGUUGAGGCAACUGCAGCAGCAACUCUUCAGACCCUGGCCAUGGCAGGUCAAGUAGCUCAAAUGGCCGAGGUGGUGCAUAUCACUGAAGAUGGUCAUGUUAUAGCCACAACGCAGAGCACGGCCCACGUGACCAGCAUGAUGCCGGGUCGGAUUCUUACCAGAAGAUUGACGCCGGGCACCACCCAAGUGGUCGUUGUUGAAGGUCCAGUAGAAGAAGGCAAUGUUAUCGAAACAGCCGCUGCCAUGGAGGCAAUCACCAAUUCCAGGGGUAACUUGGUGGAACAUGUAAUGCCCCAGGAGGAGUCCAGAAGCCACUCGGCAGACACACCUACUGCGCUAGAUGCACUCCUCUGUGCUGUCACAGAGCUAGGUGCUGUGGAAACUCAAGAAACAGAACAGCAAAGUACUGAAACAAGCCACGAGGGGGCUUUCUCAGUCAACAUUGCUACCGAGGAGGUCACUUCAGUUCCAAAUGAGUCGAUGUCCAGAUCAGUGCAGAUGUUCCAUAAAGUACAAGCUGACCAGGGUACUGCAGAGGCAAUGGAGAUGAUGUCAGACAUGGAGCAAGUAAGCUCAGUCACAACACAAGAAGAAACUCAGGUUGCCUUCUCUAACAUGGUUCAGGAGGUGCUGCAGUUCACUAUGUGCGAUGUGACGACAACGAGACAUAUUGUGAAUGACGGCAUCACUCGGGUCAUAGUGACUGAGGAAGGGACUGCACACAUGGUGGAAGGAGCUUCCCAGAUCAUAAUGCAAGAAAAUGGAACGCAAGCCAUAACCACUCACGGCCAUCCAGUGAACUUGGUGAACUCUGCUGGGGAAAUAUCACAAAUUAUUGUCACAGAGGAAAUAGCCCAAGUCAUGGCACAAGAGGCAUCUGGUAAUAUGACUGAAGAAACAACUCAUGUUAUAGUAACAGAAUUACCGCACAGUGUGGUUCACACUGACCAGCCUGAUACUGUAACCGAAGUUUACCCACAUGGUGUGAUGGAGCUGGUUAAUGAGUCUGGUGAGGUGCUGUCAUCUGUCAGUCAUCCACUAACAACUAUUGCAUUGACUGAGUGCUAUACUGAGGACAGGUCAGAAAUGAUAGUGACCGAGGUAUCAACUCAGGAAGAAAUUGAAGUUGCUGGAGCCCAAGAAGUAUGAUGUACCAAUUGUCGGGUAAAGAGGUGGAUCAAAGAUGGUGUUUUAUCAGAUGUACGAUGAAAGUUAUAACAUGCUUAGUGUGGCAGAAUGGACACCGUGCCUGCUCAUUAGAAUUGUGAUCGCCAUAAAGAAAUGUUUGGUGUAUUGUCUGAUAAGAUGAGGGUAUCUGAAAAGAAUGUCAUCAAUAAGGCAAUAUCAUUUUAAAAAAGCUAGUGCCCCAAAUCCCAGCGCUUUGCAGUUAAUUGUAUGCAUCUGUUUAUAAAAUAGCUUUGAAGGCAGUACAGUAGAGCAAUGUGUCAGGCAGGCAGGAUAGUUCUUUGCAUAGAGUUGCUGAUUUCCGGUAUGCCAACUGGGUGAGGCACCACGUCAAGGCCAGGCAACUUCCCCACAGGCAGACAACAACAGCGCACAAGUCAGCGGCCAAUAACCUUGGCAUAGUCCUCAGUCAGAGAGUGCUAUAAGUCACUGUGGACCCGAAAAGGGGAGGAAGAAUGCACACAAAAUGAGGGGGAGGGAGGCAAAUGGUAGCCUAGUCAUUUUAACUGCGUGACUCAUCUGUUUAUGCUCCCAAGUUAUUCAUUUCUGUUUAGAGCCACUGAAGACUGAGGAUCCUAUGUCUGAAUUGUGUGCAAACAGACGUCCAUAAA